UAUAUGUAUGUAAAUAAGCAUACUACCUAUUUCUGUAUGUUUAGGAACUUAUAAUUCCACAUUAUUUUUCCCAAAUAUCUUAAUUAAAUAGCUUUUUAAUCUGCAUAGGGUAAUUUUCUAGUUUCCGGACACUCACCGGUUUUCGGACACUUUAGUGGUUUUUUUUAAAUAAUAAGAAAAUUUCAAAAGCUGCACCAAAAAUCCAUUAACAUUUUUGUUUCGUCUCAUUAUUUUCCGCCAUUUUGUAAAAUAAUAUUUUAAUAAACUGUACAUUAUUAGUCUGAAAGUUGUCUUGAAAGUGAGAAGGUUGAGUAGUAAGUGAUAAAAGUGCAAAUUUUCUAAAAAAAAAAUAACAAACAAGUUGACGGAAAAAGUAAGUUUUUAAGUUAUUUUUUAUAAAAUUGUGUGAUAUUAUUAUAUAUUUGUGUUGGAAAAACAUUCAAUUAACUUUUAAAAGGUUUAUUUUUUUUAAAAUGUUAAAUAUUAUUUUUAUUAUUAAUAGUCCGCUUUCUAAAACUAAAAAAUUACAUGAAUUUUAGUUCCCGGACACGAUUGUCCGAAUACUGAAAAAUUACGAAAUUUACAAUUUGACAAAUCUUUAUGCAUGAUAACUUAAAUUUGCAUAUUUUAAAGUUACUUUCAAAUUUUUAGCCUUUAAAUUCGUAAAAAUUCAGUUUUCGGACGCGAAAAAAACAAAUAUGGCUACUUGUCCGAAAAUUAGUAUACAUGUAACAUAGCACUGUUUAUUUUCCGGACAACCUCUUUUUACUAUGCUAAAGAAACCUAUCUACAUUAAAUUUUUUCGCCGUCUUACCAAUUCGUUUUCAACUUCUUCAGCAAAAUGAACGGGGACAAAAUUAAUCAAAAUUCAACAAAUAUUCAAUCGAAUUGUGCGAAAGAUACCGGAAAUAAAACAGGAGCUGCAUUAGAAGAUAUCCGAAAUAAUAAAAUAAGUAUUAGAGCCGCAGCAGAAAAAUAUGGGAUACCCCGCUCAACACUGCAUGACAAAUUGAAGGGCAAAACCCCAGAAGGUCCCACAACUAGAGGUCCAGAUCCUGUUCUCACUAAAGACGAAGAAUUACAAAUAGCUGAAUGGUGUGGAAAACUAAGCAAAUGUGGAUUCCCACUUCAAGUUGAUGAUUUGCUUAAUACAGUGGAACAAAUUUUGAAGCACACUGGACGAGCAAAUCCAUUCAAAAAUGGACGUCCUGGUAGAACAUGGCUUCGUGGUUUUUUCAGACGAAAUCCAGGGUUAUCGUUGAAGGAAGCAGAAAAUAUCACCAAGGGUCGUGCUGUUGUUACAGAGGAGUAUAUCAAAAAAUGGUUUCAAGAUCUUUCAAUUUUUCUUGAGAGUAUAAGUCAAACUACUUUACUAAAUGACCCUAGGCGGAUCAUAAAUGGUGAUGAAACGAGCUUCAGUUUGUGCCCAAAAACAGGCAAAGUCAUUGCUCCCAAAUCAUAUAAAAAUGUAUACCAAAUACAAACGGGGAACGAAAAGGAAACUUUGACAGUGCUUUUCGUUUGCACAGCUGAUGGCAAAGUUCUACCCCCAAUGGUAAUAUUCCCGUACAUUAGACCACCAAAAGAAGUUGUUGACAGUGUACCUCAAAACUGGUUUUUGGGACGUACAGAAAGCGGUUGGAUGCGUAGUGAAACUUUCUUUGAAUAUGUGGCAAACUGCGUAAAUGUUUGGAUUGAAAAACAAAAUAUUCCACGUCCGGUAUUGUUUUUUGUUGAUGGUCAUAAAUCUCACUUAACCAUGGAGCUUAGCACUUUUUGUGACGAAAAUGGUAUAAUUUUAUAUGCUCUUCCUGCUAACACGACCCACAUAAUGCAGCCACUGGAUGUGAGUGUCUUUAAGCCUUUAAAAACAGGCUGGAAGGAAACGGUUAGAAAUUGGCAAUCAAAAAAUUUUGGAGUAGCUUUAACAAAGAAAACAUUUUGUCCUCUCUUGGAGGAAACAAUUAAUCAAAAUCAAAAUCUUAGUACGAGCAUUAUAAAUGGCUUCAGAAAAUGUGGACUAAGUCCAUUUGAUCCGAACUCAAUCGAUUAUUCAAAAUGUGUGAAAAAUAAUAUCGAGCGUGUGCUUUCAGAAUCAUGUGAAACUAGAACUUCUAAUUAUCCAAAUGUUAAUGAAAAGGAUAUUAGUCUUGCAGAAAAAGUUAAAUAUGCGAUGGAAGUGAUAAAGUUAUCUCAGAAAGAGCUUGAGAAACAUCAAAUUAAUUUGAACGAAAUUUUAAAUGUUUUAGAGAAUAUCAAUACUGAGCUCCCAUUUACUGAAGAAGAUAAUUUACCGAAAAUCAAUGAAUCAGAAUUUGUCGAUACUGAUACAAUCGUACAUGCUGAGGAUUAUGUUAAUGUUUUAGAUGAGCAGGAAAUUUUAAAUACUUUGCUAUGUUCCGACGCCGAAAAGUCUGCUCCAAGUACUCCAAAGCAACCUUCAAAGCAGCCAAUAUCGCUAUCAAACCAAAAACGCGAAACGACCCCCAAAAAUACAAAUUUUAUACCAGGUAAGGUUUUACUUAGAACUAUGAAUAAUAAUUUUAAUUCAAUUUUUUUCACAGUUGCUACAACAUCAUUAAUAACUAGACGAUUGUCCUCCAGCUCAAGUAUUUCUAAUGUAACAUCAGUAACUUCUCCAACAACCCCAAUAAGUCGACCAUCAUCCUCUCGCUCAUUGCAAAAACAUUUGUUUUAUCCAAAAUUAUAUAGCUUUUAUUCAAAAAGAAAAAAUAAGACGGAAGAUCGUUCUCCAAGUGCUAUCUCAUCUUCAGCAUGGAGAGAGAUUUAUGCCAAAAAGGAACAGGAAAAAAUUCAAAAAGCUGAUGCAAUUAAACAAAGAAAAUUGGAAAGAUUGCAGAAAAGGGAGCUUUCAGUUAAAAAAUCUGAACUCAAGAGAAAAUAUAAAAAAUCUAACUAUAAAAACGUUUCCUUAAAAAAGGAAAAGGAAUAAUACACUAAUUUUAAUGCAAAAAAAAUUCCAAAGCUAAUAUGUAAAAGAUAUACAUAAAUAAUAUAUAAUAUAAUGUAAUUAUUUAUUUAAAUAGGUUAAAAACUAUAAUAUACAGUUAAAUCUAUGUAAACAGAAUCGUUAUGUAAAAGUUAAUAUUUUUGUUUUUUAUACUAAUGUACUAUGAAUUGUUAAAGUAUUUGUUUUUAUUUUGAAUAAAAGUCUGAACUCAAAUAAUAAACUCGAGUUAAUUCUCGAAAAAUAUGUGCUUUCUAUAAACACAAUUUUUUACUUAUAUUAUUAAAAACCUGUAAGAGAAAUUCUUGUUGUCCGGAAACUAAAAUUUUCCUGUCCGAAUAAUAGAAAUUUAUGUCUGGAAACUGGAAAAUUUGACACUUUUUUUUUAAACCUAAAUAUUUUAUAUACCAUUCACAAAAAUGUCAUCAACCUGAGCUUUUUUACAUAGUAAAUUUGGUAAAGUUUAAGAAAAAUGUGAUUUUACAACCGCACAUCUUAUUUUGGCAGAGUGACAACCUUCCAAAGUCAAAAAAAAGUUAUUCGUCCGAAAACUGGAAAAUCACCCUAUCAAUUAAAUGUAUAAACACAUUUAUUUCAAAAUUAAUGUUACAAACAUAAUAUGCAUGUACAUACCUACAUAUAAAUAAAAUUUUAUAUCUAAUAAUAACGGAUAAUUUUAUUUCCCGUUUCAAAUACCGAAAUGUUUUUGAUACAUUUAAUAAAUUUUAAAUUUUAUACUAAUGUUAACAAAAUUUAUAUAUCAACUUAUUUGUUAAAAUAAUUAAAUAAUAAUUGAUUGUAUAUUACUUAUUUAGUUAUAUAUGUAUUUCUGUACAUACAUAUAUGUAGAAUAUACAUAUUUCACAUUAUGGAUAUACAAAGAAGCUACAUUCAAAUUAGGUACCUACAACAAUAUUACAAUUUAAGACAAUGUGAAUAUUUUUAUACAAUAUGCAUCCAAAUAUCUAAGGUCACAUCAAGGUCAUACAGGACCAAAGUUAUUUGGCGAAGAAUAUUUUUAAAGCGAUAUAAUCAACUUGAAAUUUAUAAUUAAUAUUUCAUUAAAU